AUAAGUAACGACAAUAUAGUCAUUAUCAUGUUACACAUUUUUAAGUUCACUCAACAACUCCAUAUAUAUAUAUAUACAAUAAAUAUAUGAUCUUUAUUCUUCAUCUUCAUCUUCUUUCUUGAGCUAAGUUCAGUCAUUUAUAAUAUAUAUAUAGGGUUUUAAUGGAAGUGAAGGAAAAAGCUUCAUCUUUGGAACCAGACAACAAUGGUACUGAAUCAUUUGUGGUUGAUAUUCGAAGUGUUGAAGCUAAAGAGGCAAAAGGGUCUCCUUCAAAAGUGUUAGAAUCACCAAAGAAAGCUGCUUUUAUGGAUUCACCAGAGAUUUCAAGGUUUAGUCCAAGCCCCAAUAAGCCUCCAAGAUCACCAGCUCCACAACAUGAGAAUCUUACUCGGAGGAAAACCCUUAACAGGUCAGUCUUUUCUAGACCCAAAUCUAGAUUUGGAGAGACCUCUGCACCUAUUGAUACAGCUAUGGUUGAAGAACAUGCUUCAACACUUGGAUCUCCAUAUAGAAACUCAUUCAAUAUGGCUUCUCCUAAUAACAUAUCAGUGGCUAGAACCAUUUCAAUGGCUCAGAAAUCUAAUGCUUCACCUGGUCGUGAUGAUUUUGAGGAGAUUUAUAAAAAGGUUAAGUUGAAUAAAGAGAAGAAGAAGAAGUUGAAAAUGAAGGUUAUUGUUGAGUGGGUUUUGUUUGUGAUCUUAGUUAGUUGUUUGGUUUCUAGUUUGAGUGUUAAGAAAUUAGAGAAGACUAUCAUUUGGGGUUUGGAGUUAUGGAGAUGGUUUGUUUUAAUUAUGGUGAUCUUUUGUGGUUUGUUAAUGACUAAUUGGUUUAUGCAUAUAAUAGUUUUCUUUAUUGAGAGAAACUUUUUGCUUAGAAAGAAAGUUCUUUACUUUGUUCAUGGGUUAAAGAAGAGUGUUCAAGUCUUUAUUUGGUUAGGUAUUAUUCUUCUUACUUGGGUACUUGUCUUUAAUCAUGGUGUUCCAAGGUCUAAAACAGCUACCAAAAUUCUAGAGUACAUAACUUGGACUCUUGUAACUUUUCUCAUUGGGGCAUUUUUAUGGUUGUUAAAGACUUUGUUGUUGAAAAUCUUGGCUUCAAGUUUUCAUGUCAACACAUUCUUUGAUAGAAUUCAAGAAUCAAUUUUUCAUCAGUAUGUGUUGCAAACCCUUUCUGGGCCUCCACUCAUUGAGGAGGCUGAGAGGGUUGGGAGAUCACCAAGCAUGGGGCAAUUGAGUUUUACAAGUACUAAAAAGGGAAAGAAGAAAGAGAAGACUCAAGUUAUUGAUAUAGCUCAGCUUCAUAAGAUGAAACAAGAAAAGGUUUCAGCUUGGACUAUGAAGGUUUUGAUUGAUGCUGUUUCGAGUUCUGGGCUUUCGACGAUUUCUAAUCAGUUGGAUGAGAUGGAAAUUGUUGCUAAAGAACAGAAUAAGGAGAUUACUAGUGAGAUGGAGGCUACUGCUGCUGCUUAUCAUAUUUUCAGAAAUGUUGCUCAGCCUGGCUGCAAGUAUAUUGAUGAGGAUGAUCUCAUGAGAUUCAUGAUUAAGGAAGAAGUGGACCUUGUUCUUCCUCUGAUUGGGACAGAGAAUGGUCGAGUUGAUCGAAAAGCUCUCACUGAUUGGGUGGUGAAGGUCUACAAUGGGAGAAAAGCAUUAGGACAUGCUCUAAGUGACACUAAAACAGCAGUUAGUCAACUGAACAAACUCGUGACAGCUAUUCUCGUUGUAGUGACGAUUGUAAUAUGGCUUCUACUGAUGGAAAUCGCUACCACGAAAGUACUAGUCUUUCUCUCAUCACAGCUUGUAGUGGCAGCUUUUGUGUUUGGUAACACCUGCAAGACCAUAUUUGAAGCCAUUGUGUUUGUCUUCAUAAUGCAUCCUUUUGAUGUCGGGGAUCGCUGUGUCGUUGAUGGCGUUGCGUUGCUAGUUGAAGAGAUGAACAUCUUAACAACUGUGUUCUUGAAACUCAACAAUGAAAAGGUUUACUAUCCAAACUCGGUCUUGUCCACAAAACCCAUCAGCAACUACUACAGAAGUUCAGAUAUGGGUGAUGCUGUCGAGUUUUCGAUCGAUUUCAAUACAACAGUCGAAAAGAUAGCACAACUCAAAGAAAAAUUCAAGAAGUACAUAGAAAAGACCCCAUUACAUUGGCAUCCUACUCAUAGUGUGGUGGUGAUUGAGAUUGAGAAUGUGAACAAGUUGAAAAUGGCUCUUUAUGUUAAUCACACCAUAACUUUUCAAGAAUUCGGGGAGAAGAAUCGAAGGCGAACCGAGCUGGUUAUGGAGGUUAAAAGGGUUUUGGAAGAGCUGAAUAUAAAAUAUUAUCUUCUACCUCAAACAAUUCAUGUCAACCCCAUUGAAUUGGACUCAAGUUUGGUUCAAAAAUGAUUUGUUCUAUCAAAUUUCAUAUUUUUUUUAGAGAUAAAUGGAUAGGGAUUGUAUUAUCAAACACACUCAAAUUAUUAUUAUUAUUAUUAUUAUUAUUAUUAU